UUUUAAGCUUAUGAUGGGUCUAUGGUUAAACGAGCUGUCAAAUUACUACAUUAUACGUUUGUGAUUGAAAUAGAAACGAAUUUAAAGUAAUUUAUUUAUCGCAACGUAAAGUUAUUUUUAUACCAAAUACACGUUAUCAACAUUUUUUCUUAAAUUAUGUUCGAAAGUGAUGAUUGGACUCUUGAAGAUCCUUUUAACAAUCUCGAUGAGAAAACGGUACAGUCCCAUUCUCUAUGUCAAAGCGAAGAAAAAACAUCGUCUAUUAAACGACGUAAAGUGGAUAACUGCAAGGCUUCAUCUUCAUCGACAAAUAUUCUUGAUGUAAGAUUGGAUAGUGUAGCAAAUGCAGAGAGCAAUAAUCCACCUCGUGACAACAAGAGUAAUUUAUCACGAGGAAAUUUAUUAUUAGGAAUCUUUCAGGAAAAUUUUUCCCAAGAGAUAUCAGAUUUUGUCAAAAAAACAAACCAAAAUUCAACAAAUGUAAAAAGAGAUCAACAAUGUUUUCAAUCUUUCAAAAUAAGUGCAACAUCAAAUACAAUGAAUCAUAAAGAGUUAAAACAAAAGAAUCACGUUAAAUCUACAGAUAAAGUUGACCUUAAUACAAGAGUAAAAUUGCAUAGAAUAUUUCCUGGUCCAGCUGGAUUGGUAGCUGACAUGAAAAAGGAUAAUAUUUCUGUUGAAUCUUAUUUAAAUCACAUGCAAGAAUUAGAAAAUAAAAUAGCGAUAAAAAAUGAGAAUAAUUUAUCUAAAUCUCAGGAUGAAAAGAACUUGUUUGAGGAGACAGCUUGGAAUCUUCUGCUGAAUGAUUUGCCAAAUAACUUUUUGAAAGAGCACAGCAUUUCUGCUAUUAAAAAUAAAGCAAAUGCUAGUAAUUGUAACAGUAUGAAAGUAAAAUUUAUAGCGGGCACGUUAGAGUAUAUAGAUCAUAGUCAGGAUAAUCCAUUUAUUAUAUUGAAAGAUUCAACAGGUAGUAUAGAAGGCACAAUUCAUCAUGACAUCUUGUUGAAUUAUCCUGGUGUAUUAGAGCCAAAUGUGGUUAUUUUUUUAAACAAUGUGGGAUUACUGAAAACUACAACAUAUGUAGUAACAAAUAAGUAUCAUAUUCUUAUAUCUGAAGUAAAUUUGUUAGCUGCGUAUUCAAAUAAAGGUCGAAUUGUGAAUACGUCUCGUAUGAAAAAUAUUUUGUCAAAUAUUUCAAAUGUUGAAUCAAAUAGAAAUCGCGAUAUGCUAAUUUCAAAGCAUUGUAUAAACUCAAACAUUGAUGGUUCAUUACAUCAAUCGAAUGCAGAAUACGAAAAACACGAGCAAGUUGUCAAAAACAAUAGCAAAAGUUGUAAAAUUAUGGGUAAAGUGAAUGAAUAUUUCGACCAGUCGAUGGAGAUAGAUGAUUUCUGUACAAUUGAUUGCGAAUUUGUGCCUUCGGAAAAGGAGAAUCGUCUUAUUGGUUUAUCACGUGAAACUAUUUCGCAAGCUAACAAAAUUCGAUGCAGUGAGUCUGAAAAAAGAAUAAAUCAUAUAAAAAAUACAAAAACUGAAUCGGUUUUAAGUUUUCAAGAUAAUAUAAAGGAACAAAAUUUACAAAAAUGUGUCGCAAGUGUAAACGUCACUGACGCAUGUCAUUCGCGUGAAAGUUGUUUUUUAUCUAAUAAUAAUGUAGCACUUACGCGGGAAGCGUAUAAAGAUUCGAAUACAAAAUCUAUCUCGCCGGUAAUAAAGCAUAAUAUUCAAAACUCAGAUAUCUCCGUAAGCCACUUCGCUGGCGAUAACGAGUAUGAUUCAGACGACGAGAUGUUGUCACAGUUAGAUGUAGAUAACGUCUUGUAAUUAUAAGAAAGGAUGCUAAAAAGAAGCAUAUCUCUGUAAAUACUCUGACGUUGCAUUGUACAAAAUUAAAUUUGAUCUCGAUUUACUAUGUAUAUACGGCAUUGUCUGAACACAAUAAUUUAAAUCGACUGAUAUUAAAACAGGACAUAUAGUGUAAUAUAGAUAUACAAUAAUAUUUGUACUGCUAAGUUAGAGUUAUUUCUGAUUAAAUUGUUGUUAUUGAAAUACUA